AUGCGACCAGGGAGGGUAGGAAUAAAUGCUGGGAAAAAGAUGCUAGAAAAUGCUCGCUGCAAUGCCGAAGAGGGGAAGAAACACGAGGCGUAUGCGAGAAGCUGCAAUAGAUAUUAUGCUGGGGAAGGCGCGCAACCAAAAAAGAUGUUAAAGACUACCUCUAAUAAGUUUCUCAAGCAUGGGAGUGUGGAAAGCAAUGGCAAGGAAUCAAUCAUGGAGCAACGACGAAUGGGCGAGUUGGAGAAUGGGAUUAGCAAGAGUAAAAAGAAAAGAGAGGACAAGAGAACGAAUCGAAAGGGGGAUGGAUGGACUCUGGUGUAG